GCGCGCGAGCUGCUGCAUCCCUGCAUCUUUUCCUGCAUCACGCACCGAGAGCGCCGCGGGAGGAAGAUGCUGCUGCUGCUCGCACUGAGUCUGUGCCUGGUCUCCGUUAAUGGACUCCUUCCUGAAACUUGGACAGCUCCCGGUGUGGACUUCCAGUCGCACGCGCCCUCAGAGGCAAAUAUAGGACAAAAACCGACUGCGCUGAGCGACCUGUUCAAGGAGGUGAAGAAACUGGUGGAAGACACGCAGCGCAGACUAGAGGAUGCUGAGCAUCAGAUGGACAACGAGAGCAGCAAAUCUAUCCAACCCAUCCACAACAUCACCUCAAAUUACAGCAACGAAAGCAGCUCCGAGAUUGUUACCGGAAAUCGAUCUGUUCCCGCUGCGGAGGCGAUCGAUAAGAUAACUCACAACUCAACUGAGGAGAUCCACAUGACCAGAAGUGUUAACCAGUCCAGCGGCAAGGAAAAUGACAUUGAUCAUGAGUGUAUUAUUGACGAGGACUGUGAGAAGGGGAAAUACUGUCUCUACGAGGAACACCACUCUGAGUGUAUGCCUUGCAAGCGUUCUGAUGCAAUUUGCAGGAAAGAUGAGGAGUGCUGUGAGGGCCAGCUGUGUGUGUUGGGUCGGUGCAUGAACUCCACUAAAGGAGAAGCUGGAACCAUCUGCCAAGAACAAAACGACUGUGACAACGAUCUGUGCUGCGCCUUCCAUGAAGGUCUGCUUUUCCCUGUGUGUAUCCCCAAACCCAAAGAACGUGAGCCUUGUAACAUCUCCCCCAAUCACCUGAUGGACCUGCUGUCAUGGGAUUUAGGGCACAAGAGUCCUAAAGAGCACUGCCCCUGCGCUGGGGAUCUGCAAUGCCAACAUCUGGGUCACAGCUUGGUGUGUUUAAAAGGUCCGACCUCCAGCGAAGAAGCCCUGAGUGACACUCUAUACUCCGAGAUCGACUACAUCCUCUAAACAUGGACACAGAACCUGUUCAGACUUGAAGUUACUACAUUAACAAGCUCUGCAAACUUCGCUGAACCUGGGAGCCUUUAGCAAUCGACCACCCAAAACUAUUACUCCGUAUGUAUCCAUGUAUGUACGUACGUACAAUCUGGUCAUCACGCUUCACGCUUACCUAGCUUAUCUACAAGAGCAAUAGCUGUUAGCAGGAGGUCUACCAUGUAAAGGUUCACCCUAAGAUCUGCAGACAGGAAAGAGUAUUAUAAUUAUUAAGUACUGUAUGUACUAGAAUCUAUUGGCUGAAUGGUGUGUUUAAACUGGUGUUAAAAAAAAAAAAAACAUUUUAUAGUUUUAGACCAGUUUUUAACAUUUCAGCCUUGGAGGAGCACAGCACUUCAGUGCUCUGUGAUAAACACUCAUCGUUCUGAAUUUGACAUAUUAGUGGAAAGAAAAGAAUGAAAGUAAAUGCUGCUCCAAAACCGAGAACAUCUUGGGUUUAAGAAUGAUUUUACAGUAUUAAUUGCAAAUUUAAAAGUUGUCUCUAAGCUGCAGAAAUGUAAACCUGCCAUAAAUAAUGAAAAUAAAUGAUAAA